CCGCACCCGUGUCCUCCUUCCACACCGCAAUCUCGCAACACAUCAGCACACACCGCUCCAAAGCAAAACCCACGGACCCGCUUCCCCUCCCCGAGAAGAAGAGAGAAGCAUCCAUGGCGCCCAAGGCGGAGAAGAAGCCGGCCGCGAAGAAGCCCGCGGAGGAGGAGCCCGCGGCAGAGAAGGCCGAGAAGGCCCCCGCGGGGAAGAAGCCCAAGGCGGAGAAGCGUCUCCCCGCCGGCAAGGGCGAGAAGGGCAGCGGCGAGGGGAAGAAGGCGGGGCGGAAGAAGGGGAAGAAGAGCGUCGAGACCUACAAGAUCUACAUCUUCAAGGUGCUCAAGCAGGUUCACCCCGACAUCGGCAUCUCCUCCAAGGCCAUGUCCAUCAUGAACUCCUUCAUCAACGACAUCUUCGAGAAGCUCGCCGGGGAGUCCGCCAAGCUCGCCCGCUACAACAAGAAGCCCACCAUCACCUCCCGGGAGAUUCAGACCUCCGUCCGCCUCGUCCUCCCCGGCGAGCUCGCCAAGCACGCCGUCUCCGAGGGCACGAAGGCCGUCACCAAGUUUACUUCCGCUUAGGCUGCAUGCCUUCCUCUAGUUUGUUAGUAGUAGUAGUAGCAGUAGAUUGAUCUGUUUAUGUGGUAGUUUAAGUGGAAAUGAUGAUUGCAAAUGAAGAAUUGUGCGGGGCUUCUUUUGGGGAACUCACUGAUCUGGAAUAGUAAUGCUUUUUAUGUCAUGUGAACAUAUCUCUGGUUGCCAAUUGAUUUUUUGUUUUGUAGAAUUGAUUACAUCGUUGAUGUUUGCAUCGUCUUGAAAAUACUCUGCUUGUGACUGGAAUAUGAUUUUCGGAA